AUGAUAUCGCCGGAGCUUCUAAACCUUCAACACUCUUUUAUAUUGCGGUUAAUUCUCUUCGUUCUUUCUACAAUCCUAUGCGUCGUAGGAGCGCAUAGAUAUCUCUACCGAUACGUGACGUCACGUCGCGAGCCGCGAGAAGCUCUUGAUAGAAUUACCGUCUUUGCCGAUUAUGAAGAGGUGCAUCUAGAUAUAGUAGCUGUACAUGGCCUAGGCGCGCAUCCCUAUUACAGCUGGAAGGCCAACGCCCCCCCUAACUCUACCGGGGUACCAGAAGAAGAUGAAGUAGGAAUUAAUUGGCUUGAGCAUGAUGACUUCCUAAAGAAAGAUUUCAAGAACGUCAGGAUCCUCUCAUAUAGUUACAAUGCCGAUUGGUUCGUGGACGCCUCGCUGUCAACAGCGUCGCAGAAGGCUCUUACAUUUCUAGAGACACUCUCGGAGUUCAGGGAGAAGACGAAGAAAACGCCCCCUAUUCUCUUCAUCGGUCACAGCUUUGGCGGGAUCCUAGUGAAAUAUGCUAUUCACUCGGCGCAUUCAGACUCGCGUUUCGGAGACAUCAGUCGCGAUACUGCAGGCAUUCUCUUCUUAGGGACGCCUCAUCAAGGAUCUACUGUUUCUUGGAUCGGUGAGAUUCUUGCUCGACUAACCAUUCUCUCUGGGUCCGAUACUACAUUGUUGAAGCUGUUGAGCCACGGUAGCUCAGCGCUCCUAGACUUAAAGAGGGAUUUUUCUGCUGCCGUAACAUCCAUCAUUAACCAGAAACCACUACUUGUGUAUUCAUUCUACGAAACGCUACCGACGUUCCGCUAUGGCGUGUCGCUUGGUGUAAUUGUAGGACCUCAAUCAGCUACUCUUGAUAUCGGGAAGCAUAUACCAGUAAAUACGGACCACUCCGGCCUAAAUAAAUGCAAGACGAGAAAGGACGAUCUUUAUGUGAAGAUUUGCUCAGCUAUACAAAAUGUUAAAUCGAUCCUACAGCAACAGUCUGAGCCGAUUGCAAGAUGGAUAAUGGGAUCUGAUGACCCUGCGCGUAUUUUCAAGCAUCGAGUAGAUCACGAACGAGCGAGAGAUAAACUCCGCGCCUAUGAUAAUAUAGGAAAGUGGCUCAUUGAAUCGCCCGAAUUCGUGGCCUGGAGCGACAUCCAAGAAUGCACUCAGUCGACAUUCUGGCUGCGUGGUGGAGUGGGCACAGGCAAAACAUCCGUGAGUUCCGAGGUUAUCGAGUGGUUCUACAAAGAUAAUCGCCUACGAAGACCACGAAAAGUUGUCUAUGUCUACUGCUCUAUAGACCACGACUUCAACUUUAUGCUUCGCUCACUUAUUCUUCAACUUGCAUUUUCGGCGAAUGGCGUCUCAGUUCAGCAAUGUAUUACAGAGAGAUAUAACUCCAGGGGCCGAGCUCAGCAGCUAGUUCUUGAUAAGGACGAUUCUAAGUUAAUACUCGAACUCUGUCGCGCUCAUCCAGAGAUAGUCAUUAUUAUCGAUGCACUAGAUGAAUGUCCUGCGUCUCGCCAUGUACUUGAUACCUUCAAAAACGUACAGGAAGGGUCCUCGAACAAAAUAAAGCUAUUCCUAUCGAGCCGUCUUCAUAUGGGACUCGACGACGUGUUUACGAAUCUCCAACGUCUGACAAUCGAGGAAAACACAACCCGCAUGGAUUUAGAACAUUAUAUCAAUAAAGAGAUCGACUCACGACGUAACACUCCUCCUGGCUGGAUUCGUAUGGGUUUCAAGGAUAGGUUCAAACGCGCAUUAAGUCAGUAUGCACAGGGAGUGUUCCGUUGGGUCGAGUUACAAGUUGAAAUAUUCUUCGACGAGAGUUUUCCAUUUGAAUUAGAAGAAGACGUAGAAAGCGAACUGCGAAAUCUAGAAAAGGGGCAGUCCAUAACCGGACACUCCAAAGACCAAAUGGCGAAACUAAACGAAGCGUACGAUCGCAUACUGAAAAAGCGCCGCCAGAAUGCCCGCAGUAUUAUAACCUAUGCUCUUAAAUGGGUUCUAUGUUCUCUACUCCCUUUAACGUCGGGGGAGCUGUUCGAGGCGGUAACCCUUUCCCACGAGCGCAUGCUGACGACAGGAUCCUACGAACGGCACGAAACCAUCGACUUAAACCAGAUUAUGCGGCUAUGCAGUAAUUUGAUUUUAUUUACGGACUAUAGUGGAUUUGUAAGGUUUUCUCAUAACUCCGUCAAAGAGUAUCUUAUGAAUUCAGAGUAUUGCAAUGACGAGUUUGUCUACGAAACAUGUCAUGGUUUCGUCGCGGAGAUUUGCCUGUGGUAUAUAUACCGCCGAGGAAUACUCAAUGGGUCACUUGGGUCCUAUAUUCAAUUGGCAGCACUCUCCCACUGCUCUCGUGCCGGGCCUGAUAACAGAAGACGCCAGGGACUUCAUGACCUACUUCGCAGCUUUUGCGAACAGCCUUUGAAGGCACUUGACAGAAAGAAUAUAGGGAAAUACUAUCUUUCCCUUUACGAAGCGCAAGACAGACUCGCUACUUCUUUCAACCAUUUAGCCCAUGCCUUCAUUGCUGCCUGCGUUUUCAAUCUCAACGACAUUCUCGAGCUUGCCUUGACACGAGAGGCUACUGACUUCGCUGCACGACGGGCCCUGAGAAGAAAGGGUCUUAAAGCCGCAUGCAUAUACGACUCCUACGAAGUGGUAAUGGAACUGCUGAACGGGAGGGAACCGGUGGAAGUGACUGCCGGGCUAGUCAAGGCGGCCAUAACUUAUAGUAGCGGGCGGGUGAUAACACUCAUCCUACGGAAUUACGACAAUAUGGUCAUUACACCGGACAUGACGACGUGCGCCACGAAAAAUAGGCAGUUUGGAGUUGAAGUCCUAAAAGCCUUGAAGAAUCACUAUGGUAGACUCCCGGCAGAUAUAGAGACGUAUAGAUCAGCAAUGGGGUGUUCCAGCGAGAUGCUGAAGUAUUUGCUCGCCGGAGUAGACCAUCCCCCCGGGAUCGAGGAUAUCGUCGCCCUCGCUUCGAGCGGCCGUGAAGAGUCCAUGUCAACAGUAUUGCAUUCUAAAGAGGAUAUUCCUAUAACCCAGAGCGUACUCCUAGGGGCGGCUCGGAACUCGGUCGACGGACACCAAAUAAUGAAGACUUUGGUAGAGCACACCAAAGCGAACAUUGUCCUCUCCGAAGAGAUCCUCUGUGCUGUUGCGUCGAACAAGCACAAGGGCCCGAUGAUUUUCGAGUACCUCUUUCGGGCUUUAGGGAACAGCGUGAACAUUACGGAGGGGGUACUAGUCAGCGCAGCAAAAAGCGGCUGGUUACUAGACGACCUCAUCAAUAUUCUCAAACGCCGGCCGGAUAUCCCCAUCCCAGAAGCUAUCAUUUCGGAUGCCGUCAGCGACGAGUUUCACGGCGACGAGUUUAUCGAAGCGCUGUUCAAUCACGACCCCAACAUCGCCAUCAGCGAAGACAGCCUGGUGGCCGCAGCACAAAACAACGGCCGCGGAACUAAGAUAGUCAGCUUCCUUAUACGGCAUAUAGAAGGGAUAAAAAUCACGCCGCGAGUUGUGGCGGCCGCAGCAGCUAACAAAUCCCUCGGGAAUGAACUCGUACCUCUGCUUUUGGCCGGAAUACUCGAUUUACAUAUUGAAGAUACGGUUCUGGAAGCGGCGGCCGGGAAUUCAGAGUUCGGAGAUGAACUCGUCGAAGCACUGCUAUACUACGGCGGGGCUGCACCGAUCGGAGAUGGUGUCAUGGAAGCUGUAGCCAGGAAUAAGAAAAGGGGCGUAAGAGUUUUCGCACUGCUUUUGGAACAUGAUCCAAACAUUAAAAUAUCCGAGUCUAUGCUUAAAGCAGCCGUUUUCAAUGGUAACUCAAAGCUCUUGAAAGUAUGGCUGGACCGCAGCGACGCCAACUCGAGAAUUUCGGAAGCGGUAGUGAAAGAAGCUAUCCACGACUUCUCGACGUUAUUAGUCUUACUAAGGUCAGGAAGAAGGAUCACCAUCACGCCGGAUAUCCUCAAGCUAGCAGCUACGAAUCGCCACGUUACGGAGAUUUUCCCGACGCUACUAGAUUACGAUAAAAGAUGUCCCAUCACAGAGGCUGUCCUCACGGCCGCAAUCGGGAAUCCGAAUCUGUUUGGUCGACACGUAGGCUCGAGCGUCUUUACUUCCAAGUUUAGCAAAUUGCUAGAUAGAGCUCGCGUCGGCGUUACGGAGGACAUGGUAAAACUAGCAGCGGGAACCGAUUGGCGACGUAGACACGUAACCAAAAUCCUGCUGGAGUAUCAAGACGAUCUCGACGUCGGGGAUGUUCUCGAAAUCGCAGCCGGGAACGAUUCGUAUACGCAGGAGAUGUUCGAAUUCUUGCUCGAGUGCGAUGAGGACUACCAAAUUACGGAAGACGUUGUUAUCGCUGCUGCUCGGUCUUCAGGGGGGAGCAUGAGGGCUCUUCUAAAGUGUGGACGACACGUCCCUAUCACCGAGGCGGUGCUGAAGACGGUGGCGAGCCGCAAGGGAUGGGAUGCGGCGUCUGAUAUGGCGCUUAUUUUGAACGGAGGGUAUGGUGUUGAGAUUACGGAGGGGGUGAUGCAAGCGGCGAGAGGUAGUGGCACCGAAGAGGACGAGGACGAUGAAGAUGACGGUAAUAAUGAGAUGGUUACGAUGUUAAAGACUUAUCUUCAGUUAUAA